CAGUAGGGGUGCUUUGAGCAGCUGUGCCUUGUGUGCAACAGUGAGCAACCCACCCAAAAAUAGACAGGAACUUACUCAUUAACCACCCGCAAUGGCUGCCACCGGAGUCCUUCCCUUCAUUCGAGGGGUAGACCUAAGUGGAAAUGAUUUUAAAGGAGGUUAUUUUCCUGAACAUGUCAAAUCCAUGUCCAGUCUCCGAUGGCUGAAACUCAACAGAACGGGCCUCUGCUAUCUUCCGGAGGAGCUGGCCGCCCUGCAGAAACUGGAGCACUUGUCAGUGAGCCACAACAGCCUGACAACUUUACACGGCGAACUUUCCAGUCUUCCAUGUCUCAGGGCAAUCGUGGCCCGAGCAAACAGCCUGAAGAACUCGGGUGUUCCUGAUGACAUUUUUCAGUUGGAUGACCUCUCAGUGCUGGAUCUGAGCUACAACCAGCUGACUGAAAUUCCCAGGGACCUUGAAAACUCCAAAAACAUGCUUGUCCUCAACCUCAGCCACAACAGUAUUGACAACAUACCAAACCAGCUGUUUAUUAACCUGACGGAUUUGCUCUACCUGGAUAUGAGUGACAAUAAGCUGGACAGCCUUCCCCCUCAGAUGAGACGCCUGAUCCACUUGCAGACCCUGAUACUGAACAACAACCCCCUCAUGCAUGCCCAGUUAAGACAGCUGCCGGCCAUGGUGGCUCUGCAGACUCUGCACCUGAGAAACACCCAGCGCACCCAGAGCAACAUGCCCACCAGCAUGGAGGGCCUCUCUUACCUGGCAGAUGUGGACCUGUCCUGUAAUGACCUGACCCGGGUGCCAGAGUGCCUGUACACCCUGUCCAGCCUGAAGAGGCUGAACCUGAGCAGCAACCAGAUCUCGGAGCUGUCCCUCUGCAUCGACCAGUGGACCCAGAUGGAGACGCUCAACCUGUCCCGCAACCAGCUGACGUCCCUGCCCUCUGCCGUCUGCAAGCUGUCCAAGCUGAAGAAGCUGUAUCUGAAUUCAAACAAACUGGAUUUCGACGGCAUCCCGUCCGGAGUGGGCAAGCUGUCCUGCCUGGUGGAGUUCAUGGCAGCCAAUAACAACCUGGAGCUCAUCCCCGAAGGCCUGUGCAGGUGUGGGAAACUGAAGAAGCUGGUCUUGAACAAAAACCGCCUUGUGACUCUGCCCGAGGCCAUCCAUUUCCUCACAGAUCUGGAGGUCCUUGACGUGCGGGAGAACCCCAACCUGGUGAUGCCCCCAAAGCCUGUGGACCGAACAGCUGAGUGGUACAACAUCGACUUCUCCCUGCAGAACCAGCUCCGAUUGGCUGGGGCUUCUCCAGCCACGGUGGCUGCAGCGGGAGGAGGUAACAGCCCCCGAGACCCGCUGGCCAGGAAGAUGAGGCUGAGGAGGCGGAAGGACUCUGCGCAGGACGACCAGGCCAAGCAGGUGCUGAAGGGCAUGUCGGACGUGGCCCAGGAGAAGAACAAGUCCAUAGAGGAGAACGGCGAUCAGCGGUACUCGGACCUGAAGGUCCGGCGCUGGGACAAGAGCCUGGAGAAGCCGCAGCUGGACUACUCCGAGUUCUUCCAGGAGGACGUGGGUCAGAUCCCCGGCCUGACCGUGUGGCAGAUCGAGAACUUCGUGCCCAUGCAGGUGGACGAGGCCUUCCUCGGGAAGUUCUACGAGGCCGACUGCUACAUCAUCCUGAAGGCCUUCCUGGACGAGAACGGUGCGCUGAGCUGGCACAUCUUCUACUGGAUCGGCCAGGAGGCCACGCUGGACAAGAAGGCGGGCGCCGCCAUCCACGCCGUCAACCUGCGCAACUACCUGGGGGCGGAGUGCCGGACCAUCCGGGAGGAGAUGGGCGACGAGUCUGAGGAGUUCAGCGCGGUCUUUGAUAAUGAGAUCUCUUACAUUGAGGGAGGAACUGCCAGCGGGUUCUACACAGUGGAAGAUACGCACUAUGUGACAAGGCUUUACCGUGUGUAUGGUAAGAAGAACAUAAAGCUGGAGUCAGUGCCCCUGAAGGCUGCCUCCCUGGACCCACGCUUUGUCUUCUUGCUGGACAACGGCCUGGUGAUUUAUGUGUGGAGAGGAGGAAACGCCACACUGAGUGCCACUACUAAAGCCAGGCUGUUCGCUGAGAAGAUCAAUAAGAAUGAGCGGAAGGGCAAAGCGGAGAUCACCUCGCUGUCCCACAGUCAGGAGCCUCCGGAAUUCUGGGAAAUUCUCGGGGGUCAGCCCGAGGAGAUAAAGAAGCACGUCCCCGACGACUUCUCGCCCGUCCGGCCCAAACUCUACAAGGUUGGGCUCGGUCUGGGUUACCUGGAGCUUCCUCAGAUCAACUACAAGCUGUCCGUGGAGCACAAGGACAAGCUGAAGCUGGACGUUCUCCCGGAGCUGAGACUGCUGCAGAGCCUGCUGGACACCAAAGGGGUGUACAUCCUGGACUGCUGGUCGGACGUGUUCAUCUGGAUCGGGCGCAAGUCGCCGCGGCUGGUGCGGGCGGCCGCCCUCAAGCUGGGCCAGGAGGUGUGCGGCAUGCUCCACCGGCCCAAACACGCCGUGGUCGUCCGCAACCUGGAGGGCACCGAAUGUCAGGUCUUCAAGUCCAAGUUCAAGAACUGGGACGACGUGCUGAAGGUGGACUACACGCGGAACGCCGAGACGGUGCUGAAGAACACGGGCAUUUCGGGGAAGGUGAAGAAGGACUCGGAGCAGAAGGACCAGAUGAAGGCCGACCUGACGGCCCUGUUCCUCCCCAGGCAGCCGCCCAUGCCCCUCUCAGAGGCGGAGCAGAUGAUGGAGGAGUGGAACGAGGACCUGGACGGGAUGGAGGGAUUUGUCUUGGAGGGGAAGAAGUUUGCCCGUUUGCCCGAAGAAGAGUUUGGCCACUUCAACACACAGGACUGCUACGUGUUCCUCUGCAGGUACUGGGUGCCGGUGGAGUACGAGGACGACGAGGAGAAGAAGGGCAAGCCGAAGGACGAAGAGGAGGGGGCUGAGGAUGAGGAGAAGCAGACGGAGGAGGACUUCCAGUGCAUUGUGUACUUCUGGCAGGGCCGAGAGGCCUCCAACAUGGGCUGGCUCACCUUCACCUUCAGCCUGCAGAAGAAGUUCGAGAGCCUCUUCCCCGGAAAGCUGGAGGUGGUGCGCAUGACUCAGCAGCAGGAGAACCUGAAGUUUCUCUCCCACUUCAAGAGGAAGUUCAUUAUCCACAAGGGGAAGAGGAAGCAGAAGGAGGACAGUGUGCAGCCCAGCCUCUAUCACAUCAGGACUAAUGGCAGCGCCCUCUGCACCAGGACAAUCCAGAUUGCCACAGACUCCAGCAACCUGAACUCUGAAUUCUGUUUCAUAUUAAAGGUUCCCUUCGAGAGCACGGACAACCAGGGCAUCGUGUACACGUGGGUGGGCCGGGCCGCGGACCCGGACGAGGCCAAGCUGGCCGAGGACAUCAUGAACUCCAUGUUUGACGACACCUACAGCAAACAGGUGAUCAACGAGGGGGAGGAGCCCGAGAACUUCUUCUGGGUGGGGAUUGGCUCUCAGAAGCCCUACGACGAGGACGCGGAGUACAUGAAGUAUGCUCGGCUGUUCAGGUGCUCCAAUGAGAAGGGAUAUUUCUCUGUUUCGGAGAAGUGCUCAGAUUUCUGUCAGGAUGACCUUGCUGAUGAUGACAUCAUGCUCCUGGACAAUGGAAAAGAGGUGUACAUGUGGGUCGGCACUCAGACCAGUCAGGUGGAGAUCAAACUGAGCCUGAAAGCUUGUCAGGUGUACAUCCAGCACAUGAGGUCCAAGGACACGGAGCACCCCAGGAAGCUGCGUCUGGUGCGCAAGGGCAACGAGCCCCACUGCUUCACCCGCUGCUUCCACGCCUGGAGCGCCUUCAGGAAGCCGCCCGCUUAGGAGUCUGCGCCAGGAGGCGGAGCUUCGGGGCGCGGGGGAGGGGCCUGUGAGAAGGGGGGGUGGGGGCGGGGCUCCAUGCCAACCCCUGCUGAACCUGAACCCCCCUUCCCCCGCCCCCAAACACACGACAUUGCACAUCACUGGCACAACCGCUUGCACCAUGUGCUCAAAUACGAGCACUGCCAAUACAAUAUCGAAUAGUUAUUUAGAGGUUUUAUAUAUUUUCUGUGGGAUAGAGCUAUAUGUGGCUUUUUUUUUUUUUUUUUUGUUCUGGUAUUACUAGCUCGUAGCUCAGACGGCAUUUUAAGAAUCCUGGUUUUAAACGAGUAAGAGAAUUAAAUUACGCUUAAAUGUAACAGAAAGGGCUGUAUUUCAUAAGAGUAAAGCAUUUAGUGUUAAGGAACAUAGGUGUUCAUCGCACAGGCCGUUUUGUUCUAAAGGAGGUAUGAUUUGCAGAGGCAUUACUGAAAAACUUUAAAACUAUAGCCAAGUCGGCUAAUAAUGGCCAUGGGUUCUCAGUCAUUUUGCUAUACGUUAGUGGAUAAGCCUAUGUCAUGAAUUCCAAUACAUUAGUUAUAUAUUUACUGUAAAGGCAUUGCACUUGGUAUGACCGUCCUGGCCUUCUCAUAUCUGUCUCCAGAAAAACAUGCUCAGUUCUCUUUAGCUGUGUCCGCAUUAGUGAGAGUGAGCAGAGCGUGUAGUCCUUGAUUGAGUUUUAUUUUACUGAGAUUUACUGAGAUUAUUCAGAGGAUACUGCUAUGGCUGCCCUGGAGAGGGUUAGGGUUGACUGUGAGGGCGGAGUUAUAAUCCAAUUUGAGUUUAUAAAUGACUGCAAUUGGCUCCUGCCAGCCACCACAGCUCAUGGUUGAACUGUAACAAAAUGAUUUAUGAAUUUUGUACACCUUUACCUUUUUUAUUUUAUUUUAUUUUUAUAUCCCCUUUGUUGUUUAAUUUUCUGUUUAUGCAUGUAUGUUCAUGACAUUGACAAUUACUAUACCUGGGCCGUUGUGUUCUCAGUACACUUGGUAUGUACUUAAUGGCCAAGUGGCUGCCUCAGUGCAAAGCUUUGGGGGGGGGUGUUUAGUGUGGACAAUAAUGAGUUAAAGCAGAGUGGAGAAGGGGCUGCCCCUUAAAAUUCAGCUAGCUUAUGAAUGGACACUGCCAGGGGAGUGCACCGGCCUGGGCCGUGUGCUGUGUUUCGUAAAAAUCUGUUCGCUAUUGAGAAGAUGUGCCUUUGAAAAUGAGGGAAAAGGGAAGGGGCGAGGGGUCACUGCAGCUCACUUUUUUUGGACACAGCUCUGCUCACUGAUUGGCCGCCACCUGAGGGCCCCCGUGUCAUGUUUGCAGAUUUAUCUUCUGUCAGCAGAUGAUGAUAAAUCCCCACUUUCUGCUUC